CGCCAACCUUUGCCUCGUCCAGAACGGCCUGAGAGCGGCGGCGCACAAGCGGGGACGGCAAGUCCGAGGACGGCCACGACGACGCGGCCUUCUCUCCGUUAAACCAUGACAGCACAGACCAAGAAGAGGGGUGUCGGGGAGAGUGGAAAUGGUGGAAUUGGUACGGCCCUCGCUGGCUUCGUAUCAAACAAUGAGGAUUUGGGCCCCAUUGUGCGGCAUGCUUUCGAGUCUGGGAAGCCAGAGGCUCUCUUCCACAACCUCAGGGGUAUCGCGAAGAGAAAGGAGGUUGAGAUUGAGGAACUUUGUAGGCUUCACUACGAGGAAUUCAUCCUCGCGGUUGAUGAGCUGCGUGGGGUGUUAGUCGAUGCUGAUGGGCUCAAGGCUGCUCUGUCGGGAGAGAAUCUCCGCUUGCAGGAGGUUGCUAGCGCCUUACUGCUGAAGCUCGAUGAGCUUCUCGAGUUGUAUGCCGCGAAUAAAAAUCUUGGGGAAGCGCUGGCGACAUUGAAAAUAUGUCUGCAGAUCACCAGUCUCUGUCAGGUGUGCAACAGGGACAUUGCUGGGGGCAAGUUUCACACUGCAUUGAAGACUUUGGAGCUGAUUGAGAAGGACUACCUACAAAAUAUUCCUCUGAAGCCUCUUAAAAACGUUGUUCAGAAACAAAUACCAAUGAUGAAACUGUACAUCGAGAAGAAAGUUUCAGGUGAGUUUAAUGAGUGGCUUGUGUAUAUAAGAAAGUUCGCAAUGGAGAUUGGACAGGCCUCGAUACGCCAAGCUUCUUUGGAUCGUCAGAAAGAUGAGGGAAUGCGUGCCCGGCAGAGGGAAGCAGAAGAGUGUAGUCGUGUCGGGUUUGAUGAGCAUGCUUAUGCCUUGGAUGUGGAGUACAUAGAUGAGGAAUCAACACUAGAGUUUGAUCUUACACCAGUAUAUCGAGCAUACAACAUUCACAUAUGCCUUGGCCUUGGGGAGAAGUUUCGAGAAUAUUACUGCAGUAACAGGCUCAUGCAGCUUAACUUGGACAUGCAAAUUUCUACAGCACAACCUUUCCUCGAGUCCCACCAGCACUUCCUUGCUCAGGUAGCUGGGUUUUUUAUUGUUGAAGACCGUGUUCUUCGAACUGCAGAGGGACUUCUAUCUGAGAGCCAGGUUGAGACAAUGUGGGAAGCAUCUAUUUCUAAGGUCACAACUAUUUUAGAGGAACAGUUCACUCGCAUGGAUGCUGCUAACCACCACCUCCUUGUAAAAGAUUAUGUCUCUCUUCUGGCUGCAACCAUGAAGAAGUAUGGAUAUCAAGCCACAUCUUUGUUUGAAGUUCUUGAAAAAAAUAGGGGCAGAUAUCAUGAGCUGCUUGUUUCUGAUUGUCGGAAGCAGAUACAAGCUGUCUUUGCUAAGGACUCGUAUGAAAGGAUGGUUAUAAAGAAGGAAAAUGAGUACAACAUGAAUGUCACAGCAUUACAACUUGAGCCCAUUCAGGUAGUCCCUGAUUUGCCAUAUGUUGCUCCAUUUUCCUCUUCAGUUCCUGGUGUUUGCCGUAUUGUGCGUUCUUUUAUUGAGGAUUUGGUAAGCUACUUGUCGUAUGGUGUAAUGAUGAACUCCUAUGAUGUGGUCAAAAGAUACCUAGAUAAACUUUUAAUUGAGGUACUAAAUGAUGGUCUCCUGAAAUCAAUACAUAGUGGUAGUUUGGAGAUUGCACAGCUGGUACAGAUUGCCGGAAAUAUUGCUACUCUUGAGCGGUCAUGUGAUACAUUCCUCAUGCAUGCUGCCCAGCUUUGUGGUCUUCCUAAGCGGCUUCUUGAGAAGCCUCAUUCUGGUUUGACUGCUAGAGCUGUCCUCAAAGCCUCCCAAAAUGCAGCGUUCAAUGGAUUAAUAACCUUGGCUAAUUCCAAGAUCGAUGAAUUUAUGUUGCUGUUGACCAGCAUCAAUUGGACAGCAGAGGAAGCUCCAGAACAUGCAAAUGACUACAUGAAUGAAGUCCUCAUCUACCUUGACAUGGUAGUAUCGACUGCACAACCGGUUUUGCCGAGGGAGAUCCUCUUCAAGGUCGUUUCUGGUGCACUCAGCCACAUCUCGGACUCUAUAAUAACAGUAAUUCUCAGUGACAGGGUGAAAAGGUUCAGUGUCAAUGCUGUUGCAGGUAUUGACAUUGACCUGAGGUUGUUAGAAGAGUUUGCAGAAGACAGAUUUCACAGCACUGGGUUGUCGGACCUUAGAAAGCAAACAAGUUUCAAAGAUUGCCUAGUCGAAAUUAGGCAGCUGACCAAUCUUUUGCUCAGCAACCAGCCCGAGAGCUUCAUGAAUUCUGCAAUCAGAGAGAAGAAUUAUGGGUCCUUGGACCAGAAGAAGGUAGCCAUCAUCUGUGACAAGUUCAGGGAUGCUCCAGACAGUUUGUUUGGGAGCCUUUCAAGUAGAAACAUGGUGCAGAAUGCUCGAAAGAAGUCCUUGGAUGUGUUAAAGAGAAGGCUGAAAGAUUUUAGCUGAGAUUAGCUAUGUUGCAUCUAAAAUGAGCGGGUACCGCUUAAGUAGAACAAUCAUAAGUGUUUGUAGUUGUUUUCCUUUGCUUUCAUUUCUGUUUUCUUGUUUUUGGAAACUUUGUUCUUCUCUUCAUGUGGAGCUAAUGUACUUUUAUGACUUGCGAUAAUGCUAAUAUCAGUGAAGAGGGAUAAAUAUCUAUUAA